AUGUACGGAACAAUGUCCGCUGAGAUGACGGUUGAUGUACCGGCAACCGAAGCGCGGAAGCUCUACGGCACACUACAACUCCCCAAAGUGGCGGAGGAAGCCAACUCCGACUUUAUCAGCCGGGUCGACGUCGUCCAAGGGGACGGCGGCGCCGGAACCAUUCUCGAAGUCUUUUUCCAUCCAGGAGGAAUGGAGUCGUUCAAGGAGAAAUUCAUGGUGGUGGAUAACGAGAAGCGUGUGAAGGAGGCAGAGGUUGUGGACGGUGGAUUUCUGGAUCUAGGGUUCACGAUGUAUCGUAUCAGAUUCAAUGUGAUAGACUAA